UUCUGUAGGUGAAAAACCCCAGCAGCUUUUAGUGGCUUGGUUUGGUUGCGGAGGUUGUGGUGGUAACGAAAGAGAAAGCCAUGGCGAUGAGAGCAUCUGCGGCGGCACCUCGUGGACUGAGAAGACUGUACUCAAGCUUCGCUUUCGCUUCUCCGCCUAGCACCGCUGCUAAUACAACCCCUCUUCCAGCCGAGCCCUCCACGAGCUUGGUCGUCUCUAGCAAAUGCAUGACGAUGAGAGCAUCUGCUGGGGCGGCGACUCCUUGUGGAAUGAGAAAACUAUUCUCGAGCUUCGCUUUCAAUCCUCCGCCCAGUACCGCUGCUAAUACAGCUUCUCCUCCGGCUGAGCCCUCCACGAACCUCUUCGUCUCAGGGCUUAGCAAACGUACUACUUCAGAAGGACUUAGAGACGCCUUCUCAAAAUUUGGUCAAGUGGUUCAUGCUAGAGUUGUGACGGACCGUGUCUCAGGAUAUUCCAAGGGGUUUGGGUUUGUGCGCUAUGCCACUUUAGAGGAGGCUGCAGAAGGUAUAAAAGGCAUGGAUGGCAAGUUUCUGGAUGGAUGGGUUAUUUUUGCGGAGUAUGCAAAACCUAGAGAAGCACCCUCGUCGUCACCUUCAAUGAAUGCUGGAGUUCCUCCAUUUGGACGUCCUUGAAGACGUUGAAUGUGAACAAGCUUAUCAGCCCCAUUUUUUGCAUUAAGAGAGCUCAAUUGUAUCCUAUUACCUGGCAUAAUUAUAUUCUUCUGGAUGGCACUGAACGGGUUGAACUGAAUGAGGACUAGGAUUGCAUGCCAUCAAACUGUAUUGUGAAUUGUGGACCAUGUGUUUGCUAUUUGUUAUGUUUAUGGGUUUGACAUUGUUUACAAAGUACUGUUACAGCAAAAAACUAAGCUAGAAAAAACAGAACAUACGAAUUCUAAUAAUAAGUAGGGAGAGUGUUCUCUGAACCUACUCCAAUUCCUA